AGCAAACGCAGUCAGAAGCGAGCACGCGUAACGUCAACAACGCGGUCGAUUUUUUUGUUAGAAAUUUUAUUGAAUCGAGUUUAAAAUAAAGUGAAAAUAUAUUUUAAAUAAAUAAAAACGAUAUUUAAAUAAAAAUUGGUGAAAUUCGUAAAAUUAAAAAAUAUAUAAGCUUUUCUCUUCCUCAAUAAUAUAAUGAAGUGCUGUGUUAUGUUAGCUGUUCUGUUGUUCGGCCUAAUGCUGAACUUGUCCAUAUCUGGACCAAGUAUCGUCGAAGCCAAAUUAGAGGAAAAAUUUCAUUGGAAGCAAUUAGUGUUUGAUUGGCCAAGCAACGAAGCUGAGCAAGAAGCCAUCAAAACAGGUCGUUAUGUACCCGAGAAUAAUUUACCAUUAGGCUUGGAGCGUUGGAAUAAUAAAAUGUUUGUCACUGUGCCAAGAUGGAAAGCUGGUGUUGCUGCUUCACUUAACUAUAUUGACUUAAAUUCAUCGGAAAAAUCUCCAAAAUUACGUCCAUACCCAAGCUGGCAAGCAAAUACUUUACCCAUAGAAAUGCAGCCAAGCGAACAUAAAACAUCAGGUGGUCGGUUAGAUGCUGAAAAGCCAACUGAAGCCGAUAUUGGUCUUAAAGAUAAUGCUACGAUUAUUUCAACUUUCCGUAUACAAGUCGAUGCCUGUGACCGUUUAUGGGUCUUAGACACAGGUUUGGCUGAUAUCCUCGGCGAUGCUAAGCAAAUAACACCAAAUUCAAUUGUUAUAUUCGAUCUAAAACAAGACAAACUUAUACGUCGAUUCGCCAUUCCAAAAGAUCAAACCAAAGAGGAUACCUUCUUCGCAAAUAUUAUUGUUGACUCAGAACGUGCUGAAUGCAACAAUGCCUACGCAUAUGUGCCCGACUUAGGUGCCUAUGGUGUUAUUGUAUAUUCAUUCCGCGAUAAUCGUUCGUAUCGUGUUAAACACAACUUCUUCCACUUCGACCCACUCAAUGGUGAUUUUAAUGUUGGAGGCGUUAAUUUCCAAUGGACUGAUGGCGUUUUCGGUAUGGCUGUUGGACCAAUGAAUCCCGAUCACACAAAAGACAUUUACUUCCAUGCUUUGGCCAGUACAAAAGAAUUCAAAGUUUCAAAUCGUGUUUUACAAAACGAAUCUCAUGUAACCAGUCCAGAUGCUUAUUAUGAUUUUAAAUAUGUCGGUGAUCGCGGUAUGAACGGUCAAUCAACAGCCGAAAUUUAUGAUAAAGAAACUGGUGUUAUCUUCUAUACACAAGUCAAUAAAGAUGCUAUAGCUUGUUGGAAUGUUAAGCGUCCAUAUAAUUCAGAAACACAGGGUUUAAUUGACUCUGAUUCACAUACCUUAGUUUUUCCAAAUGAUUUGAAAGUUGACACUGAAGGUAUUGUUUGGGUGUUAUCUGACAAAAUGCCUACAUACUUAUACAAGGAAUUAGAUCCCGCAGCUGUUAACUAUCGUAUAUUGAUGGGUAAAAAUCGUGAUUUAAUUAAGGGCACGCCUUGUGAAAUGUAAAUUAUUCACAUUUAAGCUUAGCACAGCACACCACAGAAUUUAAUCUAAUUUUAAGCACACAAACAUAAGGUAUUAAACCAUUUAUAAAUACUAUCUGCUAUAUAUAAUUAUUAUAAUUAUGUGAUUUAUACAAUUAAAUUAAGUCGUUAAAUAAAUAUAUUUCAUUUUG